UCGCCCCCCAUGUGCACGGGGCAGACGGAGAUCAAGGAGACUUUCAAGUACAUCAACACGGUCGUGUCCUGCCUGGUCUUCGUCCUGGGCAUCAUCGGCAACUCCACGCUGCUGCGGAUCAUCUACAAGAACAAGUGCAUGAGGAACGGCCCCAACAUUCUCAUCGCCAGCUUGGCCUUGGGCGACCUGCUCCACAUCAUCAUCGACAUCCCCAUCAAUGUCUACAAGCUACUUGCAGAGGACUGGCCCUUCGGUGUUGAAAUGUGCAAAUUAGUGCCCUUCAUUCAAAAGGCAUCAGUGGGAAUCACAGUGCUGAGUUUGUGUGCCCUCAGUAUAGACAGGUACCGAGCAGUUGCUUCUUGGAGUCGCAUUAAAGGAAUUGGAGUGCCAAAGUGGACUGCUGUGGAAAUUGUCCUCAUCUGGGUCAUAUCAGUGAUCCUGGCUGUUCCAGAAGCUAUUGCAUUUGACAUGAUUACCAUGGAGUACAGAGGAAGGUAUCUUAGAAUCUGCUUGCUUCACCCCACGCAGAAAACAUCCUUUAUGAUAUUUUACAAGCAAGCUAAAGAUUGGUGGCUGUUCAGCUUUUACUUCUGUUUGCCACUGGCUAUCACAGCAUUUUUCUAUACUCUCAUGACUUGUGAGAUGUUACGAAAGAAAAGUGGGAUGCAGAUUGCUUUAAAUGACCACUUAAAACAGAGACGUGAGGUGGCCAAAACUGUGUUCUGUCUGGUACUUGUUUUUGCCUUGUGUUGGCUCCCACUUCACUUAAGCAGAAUCUUGAAACUCACUAUUUAUGAUCAGAAGGAUCCCAACAGAUGUGAACUUCUAAGCUUUUUUCUUGUGAUGGACUAUAUUGGUAUUAACAUGGCUUCACUGAACUCCUGCAUCAAUCCAAUAGCUCUGUAUUUGGUGAGCAAAAGAUUCCAAAACUGCUUUAAGUCAUGCUUAUGUUGCUGGUGCCAAUCCAAAGAUCUGUUGUCCCUGGAGGAAAGGCAGUCCUGUUUAAAGUUCAAAGCUAAUGAUCAUGGAUAUGAUAAUUUCCGCUCCAGUAACAAGUACAGCUCUUCAUAAAACAAGCAUAAAAGGUAUAUUCUCUUACAUUAAUGCUGGUGCCUUUUUAAGUAAAAGUGGCAAUUGCUUUUGACAAGAUGGCAACAUCCAGAAAAGUCUAGUUUUGAAUUUGCACAAAAAAAAGAACAUUAAAACAAUUGCCCUAAAACUGUGUGACAUUGAAAAUCAUGGACGUUUAUGAAAUCAUCAUUUAUGGAACAUGAAGAGAAGCAUAGAAAGAACAAGUCAUUGUUAGCACUUGAAUACUUCUGAAU